GAUCUUUGUAAAAAAAUUAAGAAAUCAUGGAGAGAAAUGAUCAGUGCAGAAGAAAAUGUGUAUCAAAAUGUUAUCAUGCUAUGAUUUGUUACAAUUUCAUCCCUGUUAGCCAUUAACUUUUCCAGCCAAAUGAAGAAUUAGUUGAAAUGAAAUGAAUAAUUAGUUAUGGAUUAUGAAAUGAACUCCCAACACAAUAUGUUAGAAAAACCUGAUUCUAGAAUUGAAACCAAAACUGCCAUUGAGUGGGAAAAUGAACGAAGUGCUCAUGACGUUGGCCUCACUGCAUUGAGUUCCCCAAUUUCUUCCAACCAAAAUUUUUUGAGUUUUGAUGCUUAUGGCAACCUCACUGCUGAAAAACCUUUUAAUGAUUCAAUAAUUUCAUCUCCACUUAACCAGAGUUUUGAUUUUUCCUCUCCUACAAACUUGGAUCCAUUGUCAUCAGCAGAUGGACUCUUCAUUGCAAAGAAUAACUCAAACACUCCAGAGAAAAAUACUGUAAAAUAUUCCAAACAAAAUAAAAGGAUAAGCUUCUCUGACACUCAACUGAAGCAAGUCAUCAAAGAAGAACUUCCUGAUUCAAUAUCGACAUCAACCAGUCGUUAUGGACGUGAGAGAAAGAAGCGAACAUCUGAUGGUUUUUUGUUUGGUACAAUCAACUUUAAUGAGCUGCGUAAAGUCACAGCUUGUUCAACCACAAUUCCUCUCAGCCCCAAGGAAAGAGGUAUUUCUUGUGAAAAUUCCAAUGGUAUUAAUUUUGACUCAAACCCUCUAUCUACUAAUUAUGAUGAAAUUGUCACACCAGGUCUUGCUCCUCCUGAAAAAAUUUUAACAUCUGCUGAAAGUUCCAGUGAGACUGAAGACCCAAACUCCAAAGAUCCAUCUAUAUCUGGAAAAAAGAAAACAAAACGAGUGAAAAAAGCCGCAUUAAAUAGUUUACCACUGACUGAGAAUAAAGCUGUGAUACACCCAUCUCCUAAUAAAGGAUCUUUAAGUAAAAAAUUGAAGAAUAACAAGAAAUAUAUUUCUGGCUUGAAUGAUACUUCUACUAAAUGUGUAGGUGAUAUACAUCAUUCAAAUGAAGAGAGCAUUGAUGCAAAGAAAAAAAAGGUGUCUGAGAGUGUGUUCGAUAAAUCUUUUGAAAAAAUUGAAAUUGAAUCAGACAAAAUCAAGGAUCAGGAGGAGAGUGAAAGAGCCCUGCUCCUGAGUCCUAACAAGAAGGAUGAGAAGCCAAAUGCACGCAAGAGAAUAAACACAUUCAAUUCCAGUGAGGAAGUAGAAGUAAAUUUUACUCCCAGAAAAAAGAAAAAGAAGAACUCUGAGGCAUUGUCUUUUUCUCCAGCUGAUGACCAAAUACCACCUGCUGUAUUGUUUGAUAUGGACAGUGAUCACAAGAAUCAUUUGGAAUCAGAAGCUGAAAUGAGUUAUAAUCAUACAUACCGUAUAGAUCUUGGUGCAGUAGGUGACAUAGUAGAUGAUCUCAGAAUACUCAAAGAUCUCACUGAAAAGAACAAGUCUGAAUCAUUGUUUAUGUGCAAAGAAACACCUGAGGAAGCUCCACCACUUUUUUAUACUGAACCUUUAUGUAAAAUUGAAUUUCCUGUGAAGGACAGUUUGGCACCAUCUGGUCCAAGGAAGCGGGGACGCCCAAGAAAAAGCCUUCCUAAUGAACCACGAAAAAGAAUAAAGAAGUUUACCCGAAAAUCCAUUGCAAUGGGUGAGCUAAAUUUCCAAAAUUCAUCCAAAUCUAAUCUAAACAAUGAGUCUGUGAAGAAUAAUAUCAAAACUGAACUUGGCUACGAAGAAGACAUUUCAAAUGACUCAGUUCUCAAUAUAAGUAAUAAUUCUUCAGCUUCAGUAUCAUCACCCAUCUCUCAUACCAAGCGUGGACGUGUUGUACGCAAGCCAAAUGUGACUGAUAUUGCAGACCUCCAUGAAAGGCAGAUGCAGGCUAGGAAAUUAUCAAGGAUGGAAAAAGAAAUUGCCUCAUCUGCUGAAGAGAGUUUACUUGAGUCUUCAUUGGAUGCAGUUGUUGGUCGAAGACAAGGUGAUUCAAACUCGAGAUCAAAGAAAGUUGUUUUGAAGGUGAGCAGGCUUAUCAGACGGACCAGUAGAGCAAAAUGGAGGAAUUCUAAUGCCAAAGACAUAUCAGCAUCAGUUGGAAUUUGGCCCAAGGAUUUUAUCCCAUUGAGCUUGAUGGACCAAAAGAGUACUGGUAAUAAUAUUGGGAUAGAAGAUUCUGAUGCUUAUAAAAAAGUUUGGCAGAAGUCUCCAUCAAAUAAAGAAUUUGUUGAAGAUUCUUUUGGUGGUGUCAUGUCUGGGGCCAUAAGAUCUAUAAAAAAUGAGAAUCCAGAUCCUGAAAUUUCUCCUGAUGAAUCUUCUGAGCCUUCACUAGAAUCAGGUGCCAUUAUAUCACCAAUCUGCUCUGUGUUGAGAGGAUAUGUUGAUUCUAUUGGCAACAAGCAACCCACAACAGGAAAAAACUUUGGAAAGUUAAGUUUAAAGGCCAAAGGGAGAAAUUCUCAACAUAAUACUUUGGGUAAAUUGAAUUGUAGUGUUGAUCAUGUGGAUAAAUUGACUGAAGAAGGAGCAAAUUAUGGGAAGUUGAGUUUAAAAUCAAAAGUCAAAACCAAUAAUCCUGGCCACUAUGCCCUGGCUGAUGGGUGUUCUUUUAGUUCAAUGCUUCAGCAUCAAAUUGAUGAAAAUAUUGGAUCAACUAAGAAACUUCAGUCUGAUGUUAUCAGUGGCACUGUUGGCAUAGAAAUGAAAAAUGAGAUUUGCCACUUGCCCCCCUCUGAAGAAGAUGGUUAUUUGUAUCCCAAAUACUCAGCUCUAAAGCCAUCAAAACUUCUGCCCAAAAAACAUUCACCUGCCACUGCUUUAUGUAAAAAGUCAUCUCAUGAAGCCAUGAAAUGCUCCAAAUCUCCCAAGGAAGUAUUGCAGCAAGUGUUGUUGUCAGUGCAACAAUGGUACCAAAUGUUGGUGGCAGACAUCUGUACUGGCUUCAAUCGUAUCCAUCUUAUGUCAAAUUCUCUGUCUGCUGGCAAAUACAUGGAAGAAGCCUCUAAUAAAUCUCAAGAUAAGCGAGAACUGCUGUGUGAAUGUGAUGCCUGCUGCAAAGGAUUGCUGGUCCCUGCUGUCACACUUGAAAUGCUGAUUCUCAAAGCCAAAGAAAGCCAUAACCUGAUCUUGGGUGCCCCAAAAGAACAAUUUGAUGAAGCUUGGUGGCAGAAAAAUCUGAUGUUGUUCAUAGACAGUUGUGGUCCCCCUGCAGAGUUGAUAGCAGACUUGGAAGAAAAGCAUCCAGCCGAGUACUCUGAAGGCAACCUAGUAUGGGUGGCUCUGCGGGGGCAUCCAUUGUGGCCAGCCAUCAUCAUGCAGGAUUACAAAUCAGCUCAGCACACCCGUCUUGAGGUGAAGCAGACAGUGAAGGGCUUCCUAAGUCACCGUGUGUAUCAUGUGCUCUUCCUCAACGACAACCUCAGGGUCUAUUGGAUGAGAGAAGAAUACCUCAUGCCAUACAAAGGCCGCACUGAUAUUACUGAGCAUCUCAAGUCUGUCAAGAAAGAGUUCAACAACCUGAAGCCCACUGAACGUGCUUUCCAAUGCCUGCUACUGAAGUCAUUACCACACUUCCUGAAGGAUGCUGAAGCUCUCCAAGCAUCUCCCAAACUGGUCAAGUGGAACUCUGCUGUGGAUGAAGCCGAGCUCGCCACCGCUUUGGAUAAGGAGGACCGGAUUCAAAAAUACUUCACACUCUGCACGACGUCAGUUAAGCCAGAACCAUCUUGCAUCAAAUAUAAGAAGAAGAAGAAAAAGAAGAAGGAUGAUGGCAUUUUACUGAGCUCAGCAGAGAUCAAAAGUGAGCCAGGAUCCAUUAAUGGGUCAAUUUCAAGAGAGGCUUCACCAGGCAUUGAUACACGUGACAGAAGAUCUCCCUCAAAUGAGAGCGAUUUUUCUGGCUUUGAAGACAGCUCUUCUGGUGAAGUGCAAAAACGUAAAAUUGAGGUUAUCAAAACCAUCAAUGAUGGUUUUGACGUUUUCUAUAAAGUUAAGUUAGCAGCAUAUAAAAAAGAUCACCACAAAGCUUCUGAUGCCCAAAUAAGGAAGUUGAUGCUUGACCACUGGACUGCCAAGAACCAGGCCUCUAAACAGAAAUUUUUAAAAACACACUCUGAGUAUCUGGAAGACUCUGAUGAUAUGCUUAAAAGUAGGUUCAGUUCUCAUGAUGAGCUGGACAACCAAUCAGAAACUGGUGGCUCAAUAGCCUCAAGACGCAAGAAAUCAACUGGUGAUGACUUUGAUGGAGCGCGAGGCACGUACAGAUUACCACGUAAUGAAAAGGUCUGCUACAAAUGUGAAGCAGUGUCUGCCAUGCCUAAUGCUGCUGAUAUGGUGCGCUGUAAGGGUUCUUGUUGUGGAUUCUACCACUACUCGUGCUUGGGUCUUGAAGUGAGGCCUGACAAUGACAAGGAAUUCAAGUGCAAUGAGUGCUUGACUGGGCAGCAUUUAUGUUUUAUAUGUAAGCUUGGUGGUCGGUUGGUUUCAAGAAAAGACACCAAAGUUAAAGGCGGUUCGGUCGAGAAAAGCUUGGGCAAUGGCAGUAAAGUUGCAGAUAAGGAUGUUAAUACAGAACCUCUUGCUGGCGAUGAUAGCGAGAACAAGACACUUGUUCCCAAGAACUCCAGUCAGGACAGAAAAUGCAGGAGAAAGAGUAAUGUUAAGAAACCAGAGAAGAAAGAAGAACAUCCUAGCAGAAAUAACAAUGAAAUGAAAGAUACAGAAGAAAUCAAUUUCGCGUGCCCUGACAGCGUCAUGGAAAAUAACAGUAAUGGCUUCCCUGAUACCUACUUGAAAGAUUCUGAAAAACCUGAAAAUAGUGAAGAAUCAUCUCGUAUAACACGUUCUGGAGUCAACAAUAAGUCAGCAAGGAGCGAGCAAUCUGACCUCAGUGAAGCUAUUUUUCCUGAUACCAAAGAAACUGAAGAAAAUAUCAAACAUGAGCAAAUAUCAAAUUUGAACCCUGAAGCAGAAACGGGAAACGUGAAUGAAGAACUAAAUCUUGCUGGAAAUGCCGACGAUGUGGUGAAAGAAUCCAAACCUGAUGUAAACACAAACAAAAUUGAUUUGGAUUCAAGCCCAGAAGGAAUUUCAAGUAUUUUGGAAGCUGAUCAAAAGUCUCAAGCAAAGGCAGAAAAUGCCGAGCAGGAUUCAAAACCAGAAGACUGUGCCAACAGUUCCACAGAAGAAGAAAUCCAUCGUUGUUCUGUGGUAAGCUGCGGAAAGUUUUACCAUCUGCAGUGUGCGCUUAGAUGGCCUCAGGUGGCACAUGGUUGGCACUCAGGCAAGAAGCUAGUCUGCCCUAGGCACAUGUGCCACAUGUGUGCCGCAACAGCCGAAGAUAUGGGAUACCCUGCGGCCAAGACUGGCUCCUUCACCCGCUGUUUGAGGUGCCCUGCUACCUACCAUACCGGCACCGACUGCCUGGCUGCUGGUUCUGGUGAAAUAAGCCUCGGCUGUCACGUCUGUCCUCGACACAAUGCCCAGGCCAAGAGCAAUCAUUUCAACGUCACCUGGUGCUUCGGCUGUUCCAAGGGAGGCUCCCUGGUUCUGUGUGAUGAGUGCCCCGCUGCCUACCACUUGGAGUGCCUAGAAGUGCCUCCGUCUCCUGAAGAAGGCAAAGGUUUUGUGUGUGAUGACUGCAUCAACGGCAAGCUGCCCGUGUAUGGAGACAUUGUCUGGGCAAAGAUUGGAGCUUACAGAUGGUGGCCUGGUCAAGUGUUGCACCCACGCUUCAUCCCAGACAACAUAGAAAAUUUGAAGCACACACAAGGCAUGUUCUGUGUACACUUCUUCGGUUCCAACGACUACUACUGGGUGCACAGAGGCCGCGUCUUCCAUUAUCAGGAUGGGGAUCGAGGCUGCAAGUCGUACCAGAAGAGCUCCCUCAACCGGCAGUUUGAGAAGGCUCUUGAGGAGACCAAAAUUGCCUUUGAAGAGGAGCAGACCAACAAGAGUCUCAGGGAGGCCCGCAGACACGAGAAGGAAAGCACUAAACCGCCGCCGUUUGUGCGUAUUGACACGAAUCGUCCUGUGGGUAAUGUCAAGCGCCAGGAGCUCGAGCUGCCUCCAAAGUGUGACUGUGAUCCAUUGUCUGCUUCACCCUGUGGACCAAACUCGAACUGCAUCAACCGGAUGUUGAUGAUCGAGUGCGCAGUGGAGACGUGUGCAGCGCGCGAGCGAUGCUGCAACCAGCGCUUCCUCCGGCGCCAGUACCCGCAGCUUGCGCCUCAGCGCGUCGCCGGCAGAGGCUGGGGGCUGCAUACCCUGCAGGACAUACAAGCCGGUGACUUCGUGAUUGAAUACGUUGGUGAACUUGUGGAUGAGACCGAAUUAUGGCGACGCAUCGACUACAUGCACCAAAUUAAUGAAGAAAACUACUACUUCCUCACCAUCACCAAAGAUAUUAUUAUUGAUGCUGGACCCAAAGGCAACUUAGCCAGAUUCAUGAAUCACUCUUGCGAACCAAACUGUGAGACCCAAAAAUGGCAAGUUGGAAGCGAGACUCGCGUGGGCCUGUUCGCGUUAUGCGACAUCCCUGCUGGCUCUGAAGUUACGUUCAAUUAUCACUUCGAGUGCGUGGGCACUGAGAAGAAGAAAUGUAACUGUGGUGCCACCAACUGCAGUGGAUACAUCGGGGCUAAAGUUCAAAAGAUUGAACCAAAGAAGCCAGUAGGUUUCGGUAAAAAGAAGAAGAAAAAGAAGCCCGCCACUAAGGUCACGGAAGACGAGUGCUUCAGAUGCGGCACCCCCGGAGACUUGAUACUGUGCGACCUCGCCGCGUGUCCCAAAGGCUACCAUCUUGAAUGCCUUGGUCUGGAGGUGCUCCCUAAAGGGAAGUGGGUGUGUCCUUGGCAUCACUGCGAUGAAUGCGGCAACCGAGCCAUCACCCGCUGCUUCAUGUGUCCCAACAGCUUUUGCAAGGCUCACAUGGAGAAUAAGAUGUGCACGUCCUCGGACGUGGCCGGCGGUGGGGUCUCUCUCACCUACUGCGUAGGGCACUCGGAGGAAAACGUUCGGGAGUUUUGCGAUCUCAGCAAAACUGCGGCUCUCAGGGCGCAGAUGGAGGCAGCGAGAGCGGUGAGUCCCACUUUUCUGGAAGGCGCCCAAGUCAUAGCAGGAGCAGCAGCAGAUGCAGCAGUCCUGCCACUGCAGCACGAGCAGCUGCAGCAGCAGCAGCAAGCUGCAGCAAGGAAGUCUAAAGAACGCAGCGAGCGAGCCAGAGCGCGACGGCAGUUCAGGGAGUUGUACAACCUGACGGAGAUGUACAGCGAGUACGGGGGUGGAAAGUUGGAUGUCAUCGACCCAGAGCAGCUCAUCAUGAGCAUCAAGAACGUUCCAGGGUGCAGUGAUGCGGAUCUCAAACUUGAAAAUUCCGAUGACGAUUCCGACCACGAGGCCAGUAAGAUAUGUUCAUAUAAACGAAGUAGAAGAGACUUUGUCGACUUGAGCUCUGAUGAAGAUAGUAGCGGAGACAGUUAUGUAGAAACUGUGAAAACUAAAUCAAAUUUUACCAGGAAAAAGAAUAGUGAAGUGGCCCCUGAAACCACCGCAACUCGAAAUAUAAGUUCUCUGAAUAUUGCAGCUGUAGAUGGAUCAAAAAUUGGCUUCCCUGAAGAUAGUUUUGAGCUACAGGGAAUGAAUGCUUCUUUAGACAAAGAAAAAUCAAAACUACAAACCUCGCCCAUCAUCAACGUUGUUGUAAAUGUUAAGCCUCGACGACAAAACAGUGACAGUAGCUUGAUAUCAGAAUCGAAGCAUCCUUUAGGUCAUCAUAAUUUUAAUGCUGCCGGAUCAUCCGCCGAAAAGGCUAGGCGUGAGUCAGUGGAAUCAAUUGAAACCCCAGUUACUAAAAAACUAAAGAGCAAUGCUGAACCAUCAAGAGACGAACGUCGUGACGAUGUUUCGGAAAGUCUUUCAUCGAAAUUAUCAUCAGUAGAUUCUUCAAAUGAAAUGAGAAGUUUGACAGAUAGAUCAGUCUCUGACAACGAUGGGGCUUAUGGUGCGAUGACAUCUGGUAGACUCAGAUCCUCCAAAUGUCAGAAGCAGUUACCAACUAAUAAGUCUCCCAUCUUACGUCUUCCUGAUCCUUGUGGAACCGAAAAAUCUUCGUGCGUGGCCAACAAUCGCUCUGCUAAAAAGAUGAAUCUUGCUAAAACAUUGGAUCAUAUUCCUUCUCGUGAUUCAGAAAAGUUGUCACAAUCUCCCAAUAAUUUUUCAGAUUCAAAUGAAAUCGAACCGUCCAAUGUUUUUCCGGAUUCGAUGCCACGCGGCAAAGCUGUUAUCUCCACCAAUAAAUGCUUGAGCAAGUCUUUGAGCUCUGAACCUUCCACUGCCUCAGAAGAUAGGCGUCAUUUUGCUGCAGAUAAUACCGAUGUUCCCAAAACCAAUGGCAUUGAUGGUCACUACCCUCACCAGUCUGGCUCAUUCAUUUCACCGGCUAAACAUUUUCGCGACUGUCUGUCUUCUAGAAACGGAUUAGACACGCAAGAUGUUGAUUUAAUAAAUUUGUCUAGUGAUGCGAGCUCGAACAGCUCACCCCAGGCUUCUCCUUCCACUCAAAAGCUUCGGAAGUUGGUGUCCAAUAACUCAGUGCGUUCGAAUGUGGUGUUCAAAGUUGGCCGACAUUUGGAAAUGAGCUCAUCCGCUCUCUCGCCUAGAAAAACAAGCUUGUCCUCGCCAGAAGAGAAGAAGCAAAGCUCGAGUAACGUUGCUGAGGAGGAGGAGGAUGAUUCUGAUGAUGAUGUAGUGCCUCUCACUGUACCUACCAUCACUAUUGCACUGUAACAUAAGAUUGUAAUUAAUGCUCCGUCUUACAUUUUAAUCCAUUUAUAAGCCGUUUUAUGUUCUGGUUACGUAAUUGAUGAUCUAGCAGCGUCUUUUACGAUCUUUCAUCUAGGCUUAGCUGUCAAAAAUGGCAUUUUCCUGUUGUAAACAAGACUCUUGAUGAAUAUAAACUCUUUAGCUGAUUCGUAAAAUCUAAAGCCCAGUCAAUUAAUAUCUCCUGUGAAAUAUUCAGUAUUGUUGAAAUUGUUCCAUAUAUUUCCAGUUCCAUUGUUGAAAUUUUUUCACUUCUCAUCAUAAUUAUGGGAUGUUUUUUCCCCUCAUUGGCAAAUUUGAUAUAUUUUUACAUUUAGCCAAACCGAAAUUAACGAGCUUCCUUACUUUCGUUAUCUUUUGAGCUCAUUGGUUUGUGGAAUAGAAUUCACUUACAGUAUCACAUUCGUAAAAUUCAUCUCUCUGCUCCCAUGUUCUCAUUUGUAAAAUCCUUCUGUUCUAAUAUUCUUCAUGUUUGCCGCUACUCUUAUGAAGUACAAAUUAUGUAAAAAUAUUGUACAGUUGCAGCAAAGUUGUCUGCAAUGUAUGUUUGUUGUCUACCUAAGUGGUCUUCCUUUAGAAUUCCAAAGGAAGCUAUGUACAUACACUAAGUGUGACAGCUCUACGUUAGCGUCCUUUUUUAACAUGGUUGCGUUUUUUUAAAGUUUCGGACGGUGUGCAGAUGCUGGCCCCUGCAAACUAGAAAUCCGAUGUAUGCUGCAAAUGACUGCCAAAAUGUCUUUUAAAACUAGCCUCGGUUGUUAUUUAAACACUAUGUUCUUUACAUCCUUGCUUCAAAUCAGAUUUCUACUAGCAUAAUUUUUCAUAGCUCAUCUUUUGCAAAAGAUAAUUUUCACUAGAGCUUGUUUUGUGUCUAUAAGAAUGAAGUUACAGUUCUUUCCUCGGCUAUUCUUGCUCUUGUCUCCCAAGUGAAUUAACCGCUAUAUUUGAACUAAGGGAAUUCACUCGAUUGUCAUGCAGUCAUUCACUUCAUUCGAAUUACAACUCAGAUGCUUCAAUAGUUUAAAUCACACUGCCCCUAAUUUAAUAUAUGUUUUAUUUUGCACGUGUUUAGCCUUAGUAUUAAUUAUCAUAGCGUCCAUGUGUAGUCCAGCGUCGCAAUUCGCGGAGCGCUUUUUUGCUUCGUUCUGUAAUGCAACGCUGAUGAAGCCAAUAUUUUUAGCUCUCAUGUUAAAUGAAUGAAAAAGUUCUAUGUAUGCUAAGUGCAACUUUGUCUGCAAUCUGUGUGGUGCCGUUGUUUUAUCCAACAAAUAUCACCCUGCGUAUUUAUGAACAAACUGUACAUAAUCCUUGUUAUUCAAAAAUUCUUGUUUAUGUGAAAAACAUCGACAUCAAAUAUUGGAAGAUUCGUAACAAUUGAUUUUUUGUUGUCACCUCGAGAGAAGGUCCGGUGUGACCACGCCCCAUUACUUAUUAAAUACAACGUACUUGCUUGUAAAAAUUACAACUUCCAGAGUGUGUUCAUGUGAAAUUUGGAUUCUUGAAUGAAUGACAAGUUCAAUCAAUGAAUGACGUCCAUUAUCUGCACAACUGCAUGACCGAUCUGAAAUCGGUCUGAUUUCAAAUCCGAGUUGCGGGUAUCCUAUUUACUGCAAAAAUUUACCAUUAACAACAAAAACUAGAAUCGGAAAUCGCUUACUAUUCGCUUGACCGUUGAUCUUAUCGAAUGGCUGUUAUUCUCUAAAAAAUUUUUUUGCGUCGAUCAUAUUUUCUGUUUUAGUGUAUUGCUCGAUUUUUUUUUAAGAUUGCU